CGAUAACGAAUCUCUUACCCAACCCGCCAGACCUUCACCCUAUCACCUUAUUCGAAUAGCACCAAUUUCCUCGAAAACCCAACCGUACUACAUCUCAUAAAAUAUGGUUUUGACUAUGCCACCAGCAUCCUCGAAUCUCGAGGUUCCUUCAUUAGACAACACACUCGUUCGCAAACGUGGAAUCUCUUCCGGAAGAACCCCUACGAAUCCAAAGAUGGAGGAAUUUCUCAAGAGUUGGCGACAAGACGCUUUGAAUAAACACCAGUACGAUGCCGCUAUAUACAUCGGAGACAAACUGUUAGCUUUGACCGGGGACCCCAAGGAUGCUUUUUGGCUCGCUCAAGUUCACUUCAGCACCGGGCACUAUAGUAGGGCUCAGACAUUUCUUACUCGUAACGACUUAAUCUCUCGAUCCACUUCCUGUCGCUACCUCGCUGCCCUGUGUCUAAUCAAACAAUCCAAAUACGACGAAGCUCUCAACAUCCUAGGCGACAAGGACCCAACACAUCUCUUUUCCGGUUCAACUUCUACUACCAAUGGACGACGGCGAGCUGCUGCUGGCGGGCGGAGUAGUAAAGAUCGAGAAGAACAUGUUGGGAACGUAAAGUUUGAGGCGGCAAUGUGCUAUUUGAGGGGCUUGGUAUAUGCUAAGCAGAACUCCUUUGAUAAAGCGAAGGAAUGCUACAAGCAUGCUGUCCUCAUUGAUGUCAAAUGUUUCGAAGCGUUCGAUCAGUUGAUGAGAAACGCUCUCAUGUCACCGGACGAAGAGUGGGCAUUCCUGGAAUCGCUAGACUUCGAGAGUUUAGGUGCCGAUGGGGAAGAACCAGGUGAACAAGCAGAGUUCGUCAAAAUGCUCUACACCACCCGGCUGAGCAAGUACAAGAACCCAGCGUACUUCAACAAAGCUACCGAGAUACUCUCAGAAACUUAUAACCUGGCACAAAACGCCGACAUGAUACUCUCCCAAGCAGAAUUAUUGUUCACGCAGUGCAAGUUCAAAGAGUGCUUAGCACUUUGCAAGAAAGUUAUCGACGACGACAAUUACAAUUUUUCGAUUUAUCCUUUGUAUCUGGCAUGCCUACACGAGCUAGACGAAAAAAACACCCUUUUCUUAAUAUCCCACGACAUGGCAGACAACUACCCGGAAGAACCAGUAACAUGGCUUUCAGUUGGUGUCUAUUAUCUUACUAUUGGUAAAAUUGCUGAGUCUAGGCGCUUCUUCUCGAAAGCCUCAAUGAUGGAUCCACACUUUGGACCGGCCUGGAUCGGAUUCGCGCACACUUUUGCAGCAGAGGGCGAACAUGACCAAGCGAUAUCUGCCUACUCUACUGCCGCUCGACUGUUUCAAGGGACCCACCUGCCCCAGCUUUUCCUCGGUAUGCAACACCUCCAACUUAAUAACAUCACCUUGGCAGACGAGUAUCUCAACAACGCGUUUACCCUCUGCAAGUCGGAUCCAUUACUCCUGAAUGAGUUGGGCGUUGUGUUCUACCACAAGGAUCACCUCAAAGAAUCCGUUCAGCUCUUCACCAAAGCUCUUGACAUUGCAGAAGAGAUCGAAAGUGAUCCCAAAGCAUGGAUAGCAACAAGAGCAAACCUAGCACAUGCUUACAGAAGACUAGAGUUCUUUGAUAAAGCAUUGGAACAAUUCCUUAUCGUGAAACGCACCGGAGAGGGCAAAGAUUCAAACGUAUACAGCGCUAUAGGACUGUGUCAAAUGCAAUUGAGAAGGCCCUGGGAGGCUGUCGUUAGCCUGCACGAGGCGCUGGCUGUGUCACCUCAAGAUCCUAUAGCAACAGAACUUCUCGAGAAGGCCCUCCAAGAGAACUCAUCCUCAAACCUCCUUUUCCAAUCAUCGGUAAUGAGCGCCGACGGCGAAAUCAUCAUCCAAGACGACGAAGAAGUCGAAGCCAUCAUCAAUCAACGACUAAAAGGAAAGUCGAAAUCACGUCAACGAUACGGAAACGACGGUGAAAGCAGUAGUAGGGCUUUAAGAACAACAAGUAGAUCUGUAGGCAGAUCCGUGGCGACAGCCGGUGACGCUGGAGGGGGAGGAGGGAGAAAGCGACUCGGUGAUGUUACAAGUAAUUAUCAGGAAGGCAUGGAAAUCAGUGAUGAUGACCUGUAAUAAUUCUUUUAUGAUUGGUUAGGCGCAUUGUUUUUUUCUUCUCUUUUCUUUUCUUUACUCGUAUUGGAAGGUUCUGGAUUGGUACGUCUGUAGAUAAUAAUUACGGUAUUCCAGUAUGCUCCAGGGCGAAUGGAGCUAUGAGGGCAAAAUUUU